UGCCUGAUAACUUUGAUAAAGUUAUCAAACUGUUAUGUUAUAAUCUGUGUUCUGUAUUUUUAUACUCAAACCGAAUGUUAUUACAUUAUUCAUUUGCAUUUAAACACUCAUAACAGCACAAUUGUUACGUUUAAGUUGAAAUAUUUAAAAUAAUCAUGGUCGAGUUCAGUGCCCGUGGAUUGGUCCCUCCGGUUUUCACACCACUAAAUGACGAUUACACUAUUAACUUUCAAGCUAUCGAGCCUUAUGCGAAAUAUUUAGCUGACAAUGGGAUUAAGGCAGUACUCGUUGGCGGUACGACUGGAGAACAUAUGUCUCUUAGCGUCACUGAUAGAAAGAAGAUAAUAGACGUAUGGGUCAAGGCCGGUAAAUUGACCCAUGGACUUCAUUUAAUGGUUCAAGUGGGUGGAGCACCGUUAGCUGAUGUUUUAAAUUUAGCAAGCUAUUGUUCAGAUAUUGGUGUAGACUCGCUGUUAACACUGCCUGAGUUAUAUUUUAAGCCGCAGUCUGUUCCUGAACUGGUGUCUUACGUUGAGCUAGUUGCGAAAGCGGCACCAAAUCUACCCAUACUGUAUUACCACAUACCCAGCAUGAGUAAGGUUGAAGUCAACAUGCCAAAUUUUGUAACAGAAGCUACUCAGCGUAUACCUAACUUUAAAGGAAUAAAGUUCACAUCGAAUGAUUUGAGUGAGGGUGCCCAAGUGUUGAGAGCCUUGAAAAAAGACCAGGCAGUAUUCCUCGGUGCGGAUACUUUACUAGCUCCAGCUGCGUUGUUGGGAAUACAAUCCGGUAUUGGCACAACGUUCAACUUAUUCCCACGCCUCGCCCAAGAUAUACUUGCGGCUGUUGAGAAGGCAGACCUGGUUAAAGCUAGAGCUUUGCAGGAGAAACUCAGCAUCGCGGUGGAAGCACAUACUGUGGAAGGUGCAUGGGUACCUAUUAUGAAGGCUGGUAUGGAAAUUGUUACUGGAAUCAAAGUGGGUCCUCCAGCACUACCGCAGAGGUCUAUAUCUGAAGACGCGAAGAAGAGAAUUGCGACUAAGCUUCAGGCAUUAAAGCUAAUUAAUUAAUGAAACAUAUAAAUGAAGUUUUAGUUUCAUACCUGCUUUUUAAAUAUAAUAACAUUA